GUCGUGUCGCAGCACUGGCAAAGGAAUAAACUUUUCGUGUGUGUUGCGAAUAGGAUGUUUUGUGCAUUAUCCCUCUGAGAGUGUUCCUAUCUCGCUAACUCCAGGUGUUUCAUUUCCUGUGACAUUUUUUUGUUUCAAUCCCCCUGAUCCUUGGCUACCGUCGCCUCCCCACCUCUGGAUACUUCACAACAUAUAAGACAAAAUUUAGAGCUAAAGCUCACGUGAGGAGGUUCAGAUUUUAGUUUUUUUUUUUUACGUAUACUGCAAAAAAGGAUAUAAAGUGAAAAGAAGAAAUCCUCGUGAGGAUUUUGAGAAUCUACUGCAGAGUGUUUGUGGCACAGUAAUGGAUUUACAGUUUGCAAGAAAGAUAGUGAAAUUCGCUGAAUUAAUGAGAAUUUGAGACGAAGAAUUUGCAGAUGUUUGCAAAGUGACCGAAUGAAUAUAUAAAUGAACCAAAUGUGCAAUAUAUAAUUUCUCAGAUAAACUCUCUUAUAGUUUUUUCGUCUUAUUAUUUUAUUCUCUUCAAUUUAUUUUAUUUUUUUUAAAUAAAUUACACACUCAAUGGAAAGCAAUAGGUUUAGUAGAAAAAUUGUCUGUAGUGCAAAAAAGUGUCUUGGUGCGCGAAGAAAAGAUGCUCAAGUAGAGAAAAAUCUCACUAACAUUGGAAAUUCUUAUGAUUUUUGCAAAUUACGUAAAAGUGCGUCAUUUUGGGAGCUUUAAUUUUUUACAUUGUAGACCAAACACGUGUGAAAAAAAAAAGUUUGCAAGAAAAUAAUAGAGAAAACUAAAGAGCAGAGAAGCUUGAAAAAAAAGUGAAUAUUUGAGCUUUGAUUUGAGCAGUAAAAACACUGGAUUAAGAGGAUACUUUGAAAGGGAGGAAGGAAGGAAGGAAAAAAAGGAUAGAGAGCACUUUUGCAGGAGAAUCCUUCAUCACGGAUUUAUUGUAUUUAAAUGGAUAUUGCACGAAAAAGAUAUAAAAUUGGCCGAGGACCGGUGCUAAGAUCGAGUGAUCGUCGCCGUCCUCAGAGCAAUUCGUCGGGCGCACCCCUGUCGCCGAGGGUGGUUCUAUCGCGGCUAGAGCCAAGGGAUUUCGAACGCCUGCGACUAUCGUACAAAGUGACAAUAUUGGAUCAGAGGCGCACACGAAGCAGCCGUGGCAUGAACAUGGGACAAAAAAUAUCUGGUGGCGUGAAAUCAGUCAGCCGGGACUCUCCGGCUCCCUUUAAACCCAUUAUCCCGCGCGAAUUGGCGGCGGACUUUACGAGGCCAGCACGACUGGAUGUGCUGCUGGAUAUGCCAGCAGCGGCGCGGGAGACACAAGUGAAGUACUCGUGGAAUUCCGAGGAUAGGUCACUCAAUAUAUUCGUGAAGGAGGACGACAAGCUCACAUUUCACCGGCAUCCAGUGGCACAGAGUACAGACUGUAUACGAGGCAAGGUGGGCUUCACCAAAGGGCUGCACGUGUGGGAGGUGUUCUGGUCCACGCGGCAACGGGGUACGCAUGCGGUGGUUGGCGUUGCGACGGCGGAGGCGCCCCUGCAUUCGGUGGGGUACCAGAGUCUCGUCGGCUCGACGGAUCAGAGCUGGGGCUGGGACUUGGGCAGGAAUAAAUUGUACCACGACUCAAAGAACUGCGCCGGAGUCACAUACCCCGCCAUCCUGAAGCCCGACGAGGCGUUCCUUGUGCCAGACAAAUUCCUCGUUGCGCUCGACAUGGACGAGGGCACGCUUAGUUUUAUCGUGGACGGCCAGUACCUGGGAGUGGCGUUUCGGGGGCUCAAAGGGAAGAAACUCUAUCCCAUUGUGUCAGCCGUCUGGGGCCACUGUGAAAUCACAAUGAAGUACAUCGGAGGUCUAGACCCUGAACCACUUCCACUUAUGGAUCUCUGUAGGAGAGUAAUACGCCAGAAAAUAGGACGACACAGACUUGAAGAACGCAUUCAGGAACUUCAGCUGCCAGAAUCAAUGAAAACCUAUCUUCUCUAUCGAGACCGUAGAUAAUAAAUCUUCCACAUUAAGAGUAAGAGUGAGUGAGUGAGAGAGAAAAUAAGCCACCACAAGACACAAUCUCAGCUUCCGAAUUCAAAUUUGCUACUAAAAAAAAAUGGGCAAAAAUAUUUUUUUCAGUGUUUGUUAAUUCUAAAUGAAAACAAAAGAACAUUAGGGAGGGCAGAUUAAAGAUUUAUUAGAUUUUUUAUUUCGCAAAUUAAUUUAAGUGGAAAAAUGGGGAAAUUUUUUGAGAGAAAAUCAAUGCAACUGGUACACCCUGUAUUAGGGGAAUGUGGGGAAACUUUCUCAGUUUUUCUUUCUAAUACGAUGGGUGUACUGGAAAGAUUUUGGACUUUUAAGCAAAAGAAAAAUAAAAUACGAAUAAAAGUAAUAAGAAAAAAAAGAUUAGAAAAAAUGACGUAGGAGGAAAAUUCGUAGGGUGAUAGAGGGCUAAAUUAGAGAAGAAGAUGAAAAGAAAUGAAUUAUUGAAAGAAAAAAAAACUGAUUUAGAAAUUGAUAGGCAAAAGAUUGUCCAUGAGAAGCCAAAACAUGGUUCAACUUUGUAAACAAUCUGUGUGAUUUUCAGUGAUUAUUUUAUGUGAAACUUUUUUUUUUGUAUAAUUAUUAUAAAAUUAGAAGAAAACAAAUAACAAAGAUUUGACGCGCGGGGCUCUAAAGUCAAGGAAAGAAAAACCGGAAGAAGCGAUAAAAAAGUGUUUUGUCAGUAGAAUUUUUUUUGUAAUUUUCAAAAUUUGACUUUUUCGAGAAAAAAAAACUUUUGGAGCACUUUUUUGAAUCUCAAUGGAAUUAAAAAAAAUGAAUAUUUUUCUUGUGUAUAAACAAACAUAGAGGAAGUUGAGAGACACAUUAAAGAGACAAGAAUGCUG